GGAGAGAGAGUUUAGGAAGCAAGAGCUGCUUGCAUGGUCCUCUUCCUCAUGAACGGAAGUCUGUUUUUUUUUUUACCUCAGAUUUUUACCUCAGGUUGUGUGGCGCGAAGCGCGCGAGCCGAAGUUAUAAUGUAAUGAACGCGAGGACCUGAACCACCAACGGACGCUUGAUGUAAAUUUUUGUUUCCCCAGUAGGGACACCAUUAAGCAAACCGCCAAGAUGACAUCAACACUCCAUGGGCAGAAGGUGUGCCACUCACAGACACAGACAGAUGCCCUGAAGCCACUACUCGGAGGGACAGGAUUUGGAACUGAAACACCUCGCCUCCGUCGGCGCCUAAUGUCCAAAGAUGGACGGAGCAACGUGCGUGUGGAGCACAGGAGCGGGCAGCAUGCACUGUACCUACGUGAUCCAUGGACGACCUGUGUGGACAUGCAGUGGAGAUACAAGCUGCUCAUGUUCAGUGCCACCUUUGUGGGCACCUGGUUCGCCUUUGGCCUGCUGUGGUAUCUGCUGGCUCUGGUGCAUGGAGACCUGCUGGAAUUCGAUCCUCCGGCCAACCACACAUUGUGUGUGAUGCAGAUGCAGACGCUAACGGGAGCUUUCCUGUUCUCCCUGGAAACGCAGACGACCAUUGGCUAUGGUUUCCGCUGUAUCACAGAAGAGUGUCCAUCUGGCAUUGUACUUCUCGUCAUCCAGCUUCUCAUUACCACCGGCAUAGAGAUCUUCAUCACAGGAACCUUCCUCGCCAAGGUUGCUCGGCCCAAGAAACGGGGGGAGACAGUACGUUUCAGCCAGCAUGCUGUAAUAGCCAAUCACAACGGGCAGCCGUGUCUUAUGAUCCGGGUGGCCAACAUGCGCAAGAGCCUCCUUUUGGGCUGCCAGGUGACUGGGAAGCUGCUCCAGCGUUGUGCGCCUAGAGAGGGUGAGACAGUGCGCCUAGACCAGAAGAACAUCCCAUUCAGUGUGGACACAGCCAGCGAGAGCCCAUUCCUUAUCCUCCCCCUCACCUUCUACCACACUAUCGACAACGACAGCCCCCUCCGAGCAUGGGCUGCCCAGGGUGUUGGAUGGACCGAGCCGGAGCUGGCUGAUUUCGAGCUCUUGGUGAUGAUGAGCUCCACGGUGGAGCCAACAUCUGCUAUGUGCCAGGUGCGCACGUCCUACCUGCCUGAAGAGAUUCUUUGGGGCUAUGAGUUCCCACCCAUCGUCUCUCUGUCUCCAAUGGGGAAAUACGUUGCUGAUCUUGCGUACUUUGACAAGGUCGUCAGGGCCAAGACCCCGCCCAUAUUCAGACAGUCCUCACAAGGUCAGCAGGAUUACCAUAGUAGCGGAGAGGGAGGAGACCCAGAGAAAAUUCAGUUGGAGCUGAGUUAUAGAGAAGCAGGCCAGGAGAGGGAGAGGGGGAAGGGGAGAGAUGGGAGUCCAUCAGGAGUUAGAAUAAGUAAUGUGUAACACACUUAUAGUAUAUACCUACACACACACACAUACACUCACACACACAGUAGCACGUGCCAUACUUAACAGAUGACGUCCAACAAAAUGUCCUGAUAUUAGAAGUAACAAAACACCACAAUCCUAAUAUAUAAAGGGUAAAAGUGUAACACUGAAAUCUUGUUAAACUACUCAUACCACUGGGAAACAUAGGUACUAAAAUGUUAUUAUGUCAUUUAGAUACAGUAUAUUAAGCUACUGUGUAUAAAUAAGCAAUAUUUAACCUGGUCUUGUCAAGGUGGAAAUAGUGAGAUAAUAUCUCCCUCUGGUGGCUACACUUACUGCCACUAGUAAAGAUGCAGUGUAAUUGGUUUUCAAUAAACCUUUAUAACUCGUCUGAA